AUGGCGGAUACCGAAAUGCAAGAGCAAGAUGUUCCUUCUGGUGAUGUUACUGUACUUGUUGACACUACUAAGGUGGAAAUGUUGAGUCCUAAGUCUGAAAAUGAGAAUCCGAGAAAGCGGAAGACUUGGUUGCUCAGUGAUUCUGAGGCACGGGAUGUUGAUGAAGAGGGGACACCAGAGGAACAAAAGGCGUUUCUAAGAGAAUUGGAGACCUUUCAUAAAGAGAAUUUCCUGGAAUUUAAAGCACCUAAAUUCUAUCAAAAGCCUUUAAACACUCUCAAGCUAUGGCGAGCAGUCAUUAAGUUAGGUGGCUGUGAAGUGGUCACCACAUCUAAGCUAUGGCGGCAAAUUGGAGAAUCCUUCAAUCCUCCGAAGACAUGCACAACAGUCUCCUACACAUUCCGCAACUUCUAUGAGAAGGUGAAUAUCUUUGUUGUGCAGAAGUAUCGUAUAUUUAUCCCAGCAUGUAUUUACUUUACUUAUCCACAUCAGACUAUUCUCCUCGUGCUUCUUUUGGCACUUUUGGAGUACGAAAAGUAUUUAAGGAGAAACGGUGAGCUUAACCUUCCUGGUCCAACAUUGAUGCUGACUUCCAGCGUCAAGAAGGAGGCAAAUGGCCAUCAAGGUGGUUCAGGAUCAGGCAGGGCACGAAGAGAUUCGGCAGCUCGCGCUAUGCAAAGUUGGCAUGCACAGCGCCUUGUUGGACCUGGAGAGGUUACUGAGCCUAUUGCUAAGGAAAAGGGCUUAAACUCAGCCCCAAAGCAUAAGAAACUCAAAACCAUUGGGCUGCCGAAACAGGAAACACAAACUAGCAUGGACCUUGCUGUUUCACAUGAAGUAGACCAACAGUCGUUUGCUGGAGUUGUUGAUGUUGGACCCCUUGCUGACUGGGUGAAGAUAAAUGUCAAAGAAACUAAGGAUUCCUUUGAGAUAUUUGCUUUGGUACCUGGACUUCUUCGCAAAGAAGUUCGAAUUCAAUCAGAUCCUGCAGGGAAGCUGGUUAUAACAGGCCAGCCUGAGCAGCUUGACAAUCCUUGGGGAAUUACACCAUUCAAAAAGGUUGUUGACUUAUCAGCAAGAAUCGAUCCGCUUCACACAUCUGCGGUCAUGAGCAUGCACGGCCGACUGUUCAUACGAGUUCCGUUUGAGCAGAUUGAUUGUCAAGAGUGA